UGACGGCACAUAUGCUGGCUGCGCGGACAAGAAAGCUGAGGCGCUAUAGAUUAUAUUGUCUGCGGAAUUGUUCGCCUGACUUUCUUCCCGACGUUGUCGCUUGUUACGGCGCACCCCUGUAAAGAAAUCUUUAGUGCAGCAACAUCGCGCGCAGGGUCGGGACCGGUGCCGACACGGCUCCAAAUAGGAAUAAUGCGUUCGAGCCGCAAGCAGGCGAUAAUUUGGAAUUUAAGGGUUGCGCUACACCUAGCGGCAUGGGUGUUUUGUGCAGUUGUGCGGGCACGGAAGGAAGAGGCCCCAGUCUGUUUCGACGAACUCAUCAAUGACGACGGUGUGAAGUGCUUCAACCACAUUUUGAGAGUUGGUAACCUUCGAGAAGAUGCGGGAUUCAACUCGACGCUUUCGCAAGAAGGUAGGGAGCGUGUCCGGGAGUGCUUUCAGACUGCAUACGGCAACUCGACCUCACACUGCCUAAAUGCCAACUUCUUCACAUUACUGUUGUUAUGCUGGUACGACAGGACGCCCGAAAUGAGAGAGGCAUUCCAUUCUGCUGGUGUCAACACGAGACAGAAGCUAGUGCAUAUUGGCGGCCAAUACAGGGACUGUCUAGCGGAAAAACCACCCUACUAUGAAAGCACGGCAAAAGAGAGCACCGGAAUAAGGUGCGGCACGAAGCACAGCGACCAUGGACCGCACUAAGUGGCUGCUGCUACUGUGGCCGCCUCUCCUAUUGCCUCACGGAGUGCAGGCGGGUGGCGAUCCAUCGCUGGAGCUGGCCAAGGCGCGCCUGCUCCAGGCCUUGGGCCUGGAGUCGGCCCCGCACAGAGGCGGCUCCCGGCUACCCGUGGUGCCGGACCACAUGGCCAGGCUGUUCUCCAAGUGGCAAGACAACGAGGGGGCCUUCCUGACCACCGGCGGAGCCGCCGACACCGUCCGCAGUCACGCGCCCUGGGGCCCGGACCGCGAGGCGCAGACCGGCGGAGCCCGCUUCCGCUUCAACGUGAGCGGAGAGCCGGACGAGAGCCUGCUGGGUGCCGAGCUGCGGCUGUUCCGGCUCCCGGCCGAGCCCUCCUCCGAGUGUCCCGGUGGGCCGGCGCCCGUCGAGCUGGUGCGAGUGUACGAGGUGCUCCGGCCGGCCACGCGCAAGCUGGGCGAGGCGCACCUCAGGCUCCUGGACACGCGUGCCGCGUCGUCGCGUAACAAGGGCUGGCUGGCCCUGGACGUCCUGCCGGCGGUGCGGCGCUGGCUAGCCGGGGAGCCAAACCACGGCCUGUACGUCCAGGUCGUCGACGCCAGGACGGGUGCCUCCAACUCCAGCCGGGUGCUCCUGCGGCGCGAACGCCACAGCGAGCGCUACUGGGCUCCGAGGCGGCCCGUGCUCGUGACGUACUCGGCCGACGGCGCAGCGCCCUCCAAGCGGGUGCGCCGCGGGGCCGGGCGGCGCCGCAAGCAGCCGCAGGGCAAGCAGGGGCGCGACGCGUGCCGCCGCCACUCGCUGCGCAUCGAGUUCAGUCACGUGGGCUGGAACGACUGGAUCGUGGCGCCGCCCAGCUACGAGGCAUACUACUGCCACGGCACGUGCCCGUUCCCGAUGCCCGACCACCUGAACAGCACCAACCACGCGAUCGUGCAGUCGCUGGUCAACUCGAUGCGCGCCAGCAAGGUGCCCGGCGCAUGCUGUGUGCCCACCGACCUGUCGCCCGUGUCGCUGCUGUACGUGGACGCGUUCGAGCGCGUCGUGCUCAAAAACUACCAGGACAUGGUCGUCGAGGGAUGCGGGUGCAGGUGAUAUGCCGGUGCGUUCUUCCACGUGUCCCUUCUUGUGGCAUUUGAAACUGAAUCUCGACGGCACUCGUAAAAAAUGUGGUGCGAGGCGAUCGGCUCGAGACGAGCGACCCAGCUUGCGACACGUGACUGCAGCGUGCCUUCAACUACUGGAUUAGGCGACACUGCUGCGCCAUCGAUCCCUCAAACUCCGAGAUUUGCCGAACAGCCUCUGUAAACCAGAAACUGAAAACCUAGUCGACACCACUACACCUUGUGAAGACACGUCUUUCGGGACUGUGUGUGCAAGUCAAGCCUGCGCCACAGCUACUCAUUAAGACUUCCCCACAAAGACAACAUGUUAAGUGUCAAGUGAUGCUAAUGUGCCUUUGAAAGACAAUUCAAUGUGCUACCAACUAUACUACUGUCCCUGUGAGAAUAGGUUUUUGGGACCGCAAGUUGAAACCAAUCGAUGCUGCUGUCAUAUAAGAUGAGAUAAAAAAAAAUGUGUAUAGAAAUCUGGUCAGUGACCAGACUGCUGGCUUGUAUAGCAGCUGUGCUAAGCAUGAGUGUAUGCUUCAUAGUACUUACAACUAAGGCAUGCUCUGGACAGUGCUUGCCUGAUUGCUUCAUACAACAGAUCACGAUUACUUGAUUGGGCAUGCUUGAGCAGGUCCUCUAUGUCCUUCACAUUGACAAAAUGGUACAUAAGAUAGUAGUAGUAGUAUCACAAAUAUUGCGAGGACCAAGCUUUUGAAUUACAUUGCCUUAGCAAUGCUUUCUUGUCGACCUGAGCAACUUUAGGUGAAGAGGAAGUGCUCAAUGCACAAGCACUCCCAGCAUAAAUUCUGAAUGUGACUGCAUGCUCACCUGUUCAGAUGUGCCAUGCUUUGAACUUGUUUUGCUAUGUUAGUGACGGCAUAUGAGACAAGUGGCAGUGAAAAAUGGCAGACUUUAUUUUUGUAUUUUCUCAUUAUUUUUGUUGUGCAGUGAACUGCACAGUCUGUUGGGGUGUUCAGAAGGAAUCUCAAAAGAGCUUGUUGCUUUGACGUAAUUGUUCUACGGAAACCCGCAAGGUGGAGAGAAUUAAUUAAUUAAGGGAAAAUCAGACAUCCACCGAUUCAUAGCAAUUGCUACAAAGGAAACCCAUACGGGUUCCUUGAAAGAAAAGCCUCGCGGUUGAAGAAAAGUUCGUCCUGGUCCGGGACUCGAACCCAGGACCACUGCCUUUCCAGGGCAGCCGCUCUAUCAUCUAAGCUAACCAGGCGGCUAGCAGAUGGCAGGGCGAAGUCAAAUUUGUCAACAACUCGAAGAAAAGGCAAGAGUUUGACGUAAUAGUUUUGUGGAAACCUG